CCACCCCAAAAAAGGGCAAUUCGCAGAAUUGCCCCUAUAAAACAGACUACAAAACGAGUGUUAUUCUUCUUCUGCUCCUUCCACGUAGCAACAUAGCAAACAUGAACAGGCUUUCUGUUGCCAGAAGAAUUGUGUCGAACAUUCAUGGAUUCAGAUCUGUGCAGAGGACUUUAUGCAGUAAUGCAGGCGUUAUAGUUCCUGAUCUGGUCAGUGAAAAGGAGCCUUUGAACCAGCCAGAGUUGGCAUAUGACAUGCCCCAAUAUGAUAUUGCUAUUGUUGGAGGUGGUAUGGUUGGGAUGGCUCUAGCGUGCUCCUUAGCAACUAUGCCAUUGACAAAGCAACUAAGUGUUGCCAUCAUUGACAGUAAUCCUGCUUUGGUGAAUAACUUUCACAUAAAGAAAGAGGACCCCCCAGGUCCACGGGUCAGUACGGUCACACCUGCAACCAUUUCUUUCUUCAAAGAUAUGGGUGCAUGGGAAUUUGUUCAGCAGCACCGUCAUGCUUACUUCGAUAAAAUGCAGGUCUGGGAUUAUACUGGUCUGGGCUAUACAAGGUACAAUGCAAGAGAUGUUGAUGCAGAUGUUCUCGGGUGUGUGGUGGAGAAUAAGGUGCUACACAAAUCCCUGUUAUCAUGCAUACAGAAUAAGGAUUUUCAGAAGACAAUAUACUCGUCCAGGUUAAGUUCAGUAACCUUUCCUGCAAAGUCUUCAAUGACCAGCUCCAGUGGCACAUCAUCAUCUGCUAGUGGAAGUUCAGCAAGGUUGGAACUGGAUAAUGGUAACAGCAUGUAUGCGAAGUUAGUGGUUGGAGCUGAUGGGUCAAAAUCAAGUGUUAGGGAGCUGGCAAAAAUACAAACAACUGGAUGGAAGUACUCGCAGAGCGCAAUCAUCUGUACAGUAGAACAUGCUGUAGAGAACUUCUGUGCUUGGCAAAGAUUUCUUCCUAAUGGUCCAAUUGCACUUUUACCCAUUGGUGAAAAGUUCAGUAACAUUGUUUGGUCAAUGGACCCCAAGGAAUCUGUUGACCGGAAUUCGAUGUCAGAGGAUGACUUUGUAAAAGCAGUGAAUGAUGCACUGGACGGUGGAUAUGGUCCUCAUCCACAAUCCAGAUCAUUUGAGGGUGGAAGUCUAUUUUCUUGGCUCAAAGCUGACAACACAUCAUCAACACAUGAGGGCUUUGAAGUUCCACCGAAAGUUAUUAAACUAGCUUCUCAGAGAUUGGCCUUCCCUUUGUCUUUAAUGCAUGCUAAUAGCUAUGCAUCAAAACGUCUAGUUCUUAUUGGUGAUGCAGCACAUACAGUUCAUCCGCUGGCUGGCCAAGGAGUUAAUAUGGGAUUCGCAGAUGCGCUCUCUCUUUCUAAAGUCAUUGCUGAAGGUGUUGCAGUUGGAUCUGACAUUGGGGAGGUAACUCUUCUGAAGAAAUAUGAAUCAGAGAGGAAAGCUGCAAACAUCACAAUGAUGGCAAUCCUAGAUGGUUUUCAGAAGGCAUAUUCUAUUGACUUCAUGCCAAUAAAUGUUCUCAGGGCUCUUGCAUUCAAUGGGGCACAAUAUAUCUCUCCACUUAAAAAGAAGAUCAUCUCAUAUGCUUCGGGCGACAAGUUGCUUCCUCUUUUCACAUGAUGUAACUGUUGGAUUUUCCCAAUGAUAUUUGGUGGGAUUGUCUUAAACUUUUGUUUGUUGAUAUGAUAAAUAAUUUCAAUAAUCAUUUUCGCUGUGUAUUAAGAAUCGCGGUGAUAUCCAAACUGUUUAACUGUA